CGCAGGGGCCGUCAGCGUGGUUUCCUUCACGGUCACGCUGUCCUCUCUGGGCGCCCGGUGCUGCUGCCAGCUCCGCCCGUCCCUCAGGUACUGCGGCCCGUGGGCGCCGCGGGUCCGCGGCGGAGGGCGCCCGCCCUCUCAGCGGACGCUCGUCGAGUGAGACCCAGGAGGCGUAGGCAAGUAACUUUUCUCCAAACCCUUGGUCCCAUCUUCACUCUCUAAAAAUGUUUGACAGUUGCAACGUGAGCAAGUUCUACCACAGCAAAGCUCUCACCUCCCCAUAUCCAGGAUCAAAUAUUGAGCGUAGCCAAGUUCCUGAAGAUAAAGUGGGCUGGUUGACUGAGUGGAAAGAUUAUGAUCCUGUGGAGUACACUUCAGUCUCUGUUCUUGCUGGACCCAAGUGGGCAGAUCCCCAGCUCAGUGAUAAAAACUUUUCUCCCAAAUUUAAUGAGAGAGAUGGAGAAGUAGAGAGAAAAAGUCUGAAUGGCUUGUAUGUGGUUGAAAAUGGGAGGCCUCGAAAUCCUGCAGGAAGGACUGGUCUCGUAGGCAGAGGAUUGUUAGGACGUUGGGGACCAAAUCAUGCUGCUGAUCCUAUUGUAACUAGGUGGAAGAGGGAUAGAAGUGGCAAUAAAAUAGCUCACCCAGUUACUGGCAAAAACAUUCUACAGUUUGUAGCCAUCAAGAGGAGAGAUUGUGGGGAGUGGGCCAUUCCAGGGGGAAUGGUAGAUCCAGGAGAGAAGAUUACUGCUACACUCAAGCGAGAAUUUGGUGAAGAAGCCCUGAAUUCCUUGCAGAAAUCACCUAAAGAGAAAGAAGAUUUGGAAAAGCAACUACAUAGACUAUUCAGCCAGGAACCCUUUGUGGUGUACAGAGGAUAUGUGGAUGAUCCUCGUAACACUGAUAAUGCCUGGAUGGAGACGGAGGCUGUGAACUAUCAUGAUGAAUCUGGUGAGACAAUGGAUAAUUUGCCUCUGGAAGCAGGUGAUGAUGCUGGGAAAGUGAAGUGGGUUGACAUCAGUGAAAACCUCAAGCUGUAUGCAAAUCAUAGUUACUUCAUUAAGCUUGUGACUGAGAAACGGGGAGCCCAUUGGAGUGAAGAUCCCGGUCAUGAGUGCCGUGAAUGAUGUUUCUGAAAAUCAAAUAUGAACUAGAAACAGACAUACAUAAGGGAAAUAGCAAUUUUCCAGUAUUUAAACUAACAUGACUUUGUUCUGUUUGAUGCUAAAAAUCAGCUAGCAAGAUCUCUUCUGUCAUUCAAGAGGCAGUGCUACAAGUGAUAUAUAAUUAUGAGUUUGUGUAAAAUGUGUAUGCUGUAGAGGUGUGGGCUUAUAUGCCAGAUAAAUAUCUGGUGGAACUUCUGGCUGCAAUGAGACAUGAUAUAAUGGAAACUUCUAGAAGACCUAGUCGCUUCUUUUGAUUUCAACUAGUGUGAAAUGAGACCAAUGUUGAACUGCUACCUUCUCCUUUGUUGUAAUUAUUGAUAGCCGGUUCUUAAUAUCUCUAGAUUUGCAUGACAGUGUUCGGAUUCUGAAUUGUUCUAGUACAAAGGCUGGACAUUUUAGCUCUGCAUCUCUGCAUUAAUUGCUUGUCAGGAGCAGAAGUCACUCAGGGAUGUGAGACUUCUGGGAUGACUGUCUAAGCACAUACUGUAAUUUACGUGUUACAUAAUAAAGUGUAGUUUUUUGAGUGGUUUCACAGGGCUUUUGAGCAAUUUCCUAAUUUUAGAGAUUAAUUUUCAUUUAAUUGCUUUCUAGUAUACGCUAUUGAUGGUAUUCAUAUCUGAAUGUGUCCUACAGAGAAUUUUAAUAGGAAAGAACCUUAGGCAGAUGGUCUCACUGGUUGCUGUCAUGUAAGUAUCUCACCUUAUCUUAUUUGUGACAACUCAGUGGGAUAUACUUUGCAGUGCGUAAUCCGGGAGAAUAAGGAUUAAAGUAUGUUACCUUUCAGUGAAAGUGAGAUAAGAUUAUUCUGUUCAAGACUUAGAAUGUUUAGUUACUAUGAUAAUAAUCAGUCUUCAAACUAGCAUCUUAACUCUGUGCACAGUUUAUGUAGGCACAUGCACUGACUAAAACAUGAGCCAAUGACUGGAUGUCUUGCUUGUACUUGGAUUUUACUUGGUUAAACAUAAACCCCCUUGCUUGAGUUAAUCAUCAGCUUAGUGUAUGGAGGGACAAGAUCAACAGAAUUAUCACUCAUCAGCUCAACUGUGUUAACAAACUGUGUGCGCUGUCUUCUAACUUGGAAAGUAAAACUGGCUCAAAGUGACUUAAGCUAUUUUACUUAGUAUUAGAAUAGGCCAUGCAUGAAAUUUGUUCACUUCUCUCUCCUGAUGAGGAGCAGCUUUCUUGCUUACCGAUAUCAACCUCAAAAUGUGAGGUUGAACAGUUCAGCUUUUUGAGUUGUCUACUAAACUGUGAAUGUUGGGAGCAUUUUGACAUGUGGUGGAAGUGAAUGGCAAAGAUCCCUAGCCAUAACUUCUAGUGGAUGGUAGGACUCUGCUUUCUAAACACUUCACUGAUCACCCUUAACUUCAAAGCACUGUUUCCUUUCAAAAUGCAUUUUCAGUAUAUAGCAUUUCUGCAUAUAGCUGGUGACCUGUAAGAUUCUGUUGAUACUAUAGUUGAAAAAUCCUUUUUAAGACCAUGACUUUUUUGUUGUAAUCUGCUUAGUGACUAUGUAUAGUAUACAGGAAGAUGGCAUGUCUGUAUUUCUCUUCUGUGCUUAAAAGGGUAUUUUCUGCUUCUAUUUAUUACUUUCGGAGAGUGUAACUUGAUUAUUGUCUUUGGGUGAGCCAAAUAAGUUGAUUGUUUGCUGUUCAUCCAUCUCUCUGCCAUGUUUUGCCUGAUCCUUAUGGUAGUACAGCUGUUUGGGAGGCUGUGGCAUAAACAGGAUCAUGGGAAUGGACUGCAUUAAACUGAUCUUCCAAAAUAGAUUUUUUUCUGAAGUUUAAGGAACUAGAGUCAAAAGGCACAGGAAUUUAAGCUAUUUUUGCGAUCAGAAUGAGCAUCUCUUUAAACAUCAAAUAUUCUACAGUGGAGAGCAUGCAGACAUGUCAACUUUUUAUUUGAGCAUCGUUGUUUUUGCUUCAUCAGCAUUUUCAAGCAUUUAUGCUGACAAUAGUUGCACAACAUUUCUCCCUGUGUUUGUAAUCAAAGUAUAAUUGCUGUUAAUUGUGAGGUACAAUAAUGUUUUUAUGUAGUAUCAUCUAUAUAGUGUCAGAGUUGAUUACAAUAAACCAAAAGUUGUGAUUGAAAA